UGAUGGGUCAGUACGUCAAUGUGCAUGGGCAGGUCAUCAGCCACGUUAACAUCUCCGGCGUGAGAGUGGAGGACGGAGGCAGCUACUCCUGUACUGCCACCAACACCGCCGCCUCUGUAGUCCACGCCGCCCCUCUCCACGUCUACGGUCGUCCCCACGUGCGUCCAAUGGGCCCCAUGUCAGCGGUGGCAGGAGAGACCUUCACUGUUAGGUGUCCUGUGGCCGGCUACCCCAUCAGCUCCAUCUCUUGGGCCAAAAGUGGUCGGACGUUACCUAUAAACAGACGACAAGUGGUCUCAACGGAUGGGGAGUUGGUAAUUACACAGGUGACCCGCAACGCUGAUGAGGGCGACUACACCUGUACUGCCACCAACAAGCACGGCCACGCCUCCUCCCAGUCCCUCCCUCUCAGAGUCGUCGAGCCGCCUCAGGUGGAGCCCUUUACCCUGCCGGAGUCGCUGUGGGCGGGGUCACGGGUGGCGGUGCAGUGUGUAGCUGUAAAGGGGGACCCGCCCGUCACCCUCACCUGGCUACAUGACGGCGUUCAGGCCACCUCCACCCCCGGGGUCACCGUUACGCCUUUGGGACAGUUCGUCUUGGCGCUGGUGAUAGAGAGACUGCGUUCCCAACACGCAGGGAACUACACGUGCCAAGCCAGCUCCCCAGCAGCCAUCGUCUCCCACUCGGCCACGCUGCGUGUCCACGGUAACUACCAUGCCCACUCCUGCCCCACUAUACCACCUUCUCUUGCAGUGCCGCCCUCCAUCAAGCCCUUUGACUUUGGGUCGCUGGUGUCGGGCAUGAGAACGACGGUGACGUGCGACGUGCAGAUGGGGGACCCACCCAUGACGCUGAUGUGGCUGCGGGAUGGCCACGUCCUCAGCCCCUCCGUCGACCUCCAGAUCAGCCAACACGACACUUUCUCCUCCAGCCUUGUGCUGACACACGUGCGGCCUCACCAUGCUGGCAACUACACGUGUGUGGCGCGCAACGAGGCGCGUGAGGUCCGCUACACGGCUCAGCUCCUCGUGCGCGUGCCGCCCCGCUGGGUGGUUGAGCCCCAUGACGUGAGCGUCAUCCGAGGGAAGGAUGCCAUCCUCACCUGUCACGCUACGGGCUUCCCGGAGCCCACCGUCACCUGGAGAAAGACCCGCCCAGGUCCUGGCAAGAGGGUGUACAGUGGAGUGGGCAUGAACGUUGGCAUGGGCGUGGGCAUGGGAUUGGGAGUUGGCGUACCCAUCAGUAGAACGUGGAGCAACGGAACCCUGAUGGUGGGGGCGGCGACGGAGGAAGCAGAGGGAAGUUACCUAUGUGAGGCAAACAAUGGUGUGGGUGCCGGCCUCUCUGCCAUCAUCAAUCUCCAGGUGCAAGCGCCGCCUAUCGUGUCUGGGGACGGGUCGGUGGAGGUGCGUCGUGGGGAGAGCGUCAAGCUAAGUGUGAGGCCAGGGGCGACUCUCCCAUUUCCCUCACCGUGGCCAAGGACGGCAAGACCCUCGACACGAACGACUACAGAUUCCAAGGAUUUCAAACGAUAUGAAGUUGUAAAGUCAAUCAGUCAGUAUGGCAGAUUCAGUCAGUCAGUUGUUCAGUACAGCGUGGACGUGGUAGAAGGGGAGGGCGUGAAGGGCGGGACCAACACGGUGCGGGCGGAGGUGAGGGUGAGUAACGUGGCGCCUCAGGACUCGGCCGUGAUCGCCUGCACCGCCACCAACACCUACGGCAGUCACACCCACCACAUGGAGCUCAAGGUCCAGGACGUGCCGGAAGCUCCUCGUGACCUGCGCGUGUCUCGGGAGGCCAGCAGGUCAGCUACGGUGACAUGGGCUGCGCCUCCUUCACCCAACACCCCCAUUACCCACUACAUCCUACACCUCAAGUCCCAAACUGCCACCUGGGACGGAGUCAGCGUGCGGCAGCUACAGGCGGAGGGCGGCAGCACCUCAGUUGUCCUCAACGACCUUCUACCUGCCAAAGUCUACCAGGUGCGUGUGGUGGCAGUCAACAGUGUGGGAGAGUCACCGUCCUCAGAGCCCCUCACACUGCGCACGGAGGGUGAAGCCCCCAGUGCCGCCCCUAUUAAUGUGCAGGCGGUGGGCAUCAGUCCUCGCCAGGUGCAGAUCUCGUGGUCGGCGCCAGACCCUGACACCUGGAAUGGCCAACUCCUGGGCUACUAUGUGGGCCACAGGCUGGACGGGGCGGUGUCUACAGGGAGAUCCUUCAGCUUCGACACUGUGGGCGUGAUGGGGGCGGGAGAGGAGACUUGGACAGUGGGUGGCCUCGAUAGGUUCACUCGUUAUAUCUUCGUCCUUCAGGCCUACAAUGCUAAAGGGCCAGGUCCUCUCUCCACCGAGGUGUCGACCACCACCCUUGAGGACGUACCGGAAGCACCGCCCGAUGAUGUCAUCUGCGCCGCCCUCACUUCCACCCGCAUCCAGGUUACAUGGUCUCCGCCCCCGCCAGCCCUCACCCACGGCCGCAUCACCACCUACACUCUCACCUACACCUCCAUGGACGACCACACAGGGCUACCGGCGGGGGAAUCUCGCAUCGUGAACGGACAGAGCGCCACGGUGGGGGACCUUGAGAGAUUCACUAACUACUCGGUGACUGUGGCCGCAGCUACCAGCGCCGGCGUGGGUGUCGCUUCCCAUCCCGUCAACUGUGCCACUGAGGAGGACGUGCCACAAGCGCCCGCGAGGAUCAAGGCGGUGGUGAGCGGCCCUCAGAGCGUGAUGGUGACGUGGUCGGCCCCUGAACGACCUCAUGGCACCAUCACCAAGUACAUCCUUUACAUCCGCGCCCCGCCAGAGAGAGACUCUACCAGGAGGAUCUUACUCCCUCAGACACGGUGGCUGGAGGUGACGGAGUUGAAGCCGCGUCACCGCUACGAGUUCUGGGUGUCGGCCACUACCAGGGUGGGGGAGGGACCUGCCUCACCUGUCGUGUCCGCCACGCCUUCCCCUACAGUUGGCGCGGGCGUGUACGGUGUGGGCGGGGAGGUGAAGGUGCCUCAGGGGACGGACGUGGUGCUUGAUUGUCCGCACGUCGGCAAACCUACACCCACCAUCACCUGGAGGAUGAACAACGCCCCCAUCACUAGGGUUUCCAGGUACGAGCCACAGCCUGACGGAGGACUAUUGCUGAGGGACUGUCAGCGCUCAGACUCCGCCAACUACACCUGCCACGCCAACAACCGCCACGGCUCUGACCACGCCCUCUACACCCUCAGUAUCAUGGUACCCCCCAGCGCGGCGCUCCUCCACUCCAUGGGGUCGACACCAACCACAGUAACAGUAUCGUGGAGGCCUGUGGACGACGGCGGUGCCCCCAUCAGAAAGCUGACCUUAACCUGGCGACCUGACCCCGGGGAGUGGCGUGAGGUGACCCUGGCAAGACACCUGACGCAGUACACCCUGAAGGAGUUAAGCUGUGGCACCGAGUAUCACCUGUACCUCACCUCACAUAACAGGAUAGGUCCAGGAGCGGCCAGCGAGGUGAUCACAGUCCGCACCAAGGGAACGAGACCCACCCCGCCGCCCCAGCACCGCCUCGUCUCCGUCAACGUGUCGGCAGUAGCCUUCCACCUGGCCUCAUGGGUUGAUGUGCAGUGCGCCAUCACCCACUAUAUCGUCAGGCUGAGGCCCACCGCCCAGAGGGAGUGGCAGAGCGUCAGCGGAAGGCUACCGGGGACUCAGAAGGAGUACACAGUGGGGGAACUGAUCCCUGCUACGACUUACGAAGUGAGCCUCACCGCGGCCAACCCCGCCGGCGACACCACCGCCACCUACACCUUCACCACCCUUGGCCUCACUGGUGAUCACCUACAGGAAGGUCUUGGGUCCUUAGGGGGCGGGAUGCUGGGAUCGUCAGGUGGUGUCGGGGCAUCUGCAGAGGACGUGUUUACUGACCCCGCCUUCAUCGUCCCUGUCGUCAUAUCCUGCAUCGCCCUCGUCUCUAUCAUCAUUGCCAUCACACUCUGCCUCAGAAGAAGACCUAGUGGUGGCCACGACGGUGCUCCUGGAGGGGAAGACGGGGACCCCUCAGUGACCACAGCCGCGGAAAACAAAAGCAACCUGGCGGCGAGAGAGCAGUACUACGCCACCGUCAGGAAGCCCGCGCCCUCCCCCAUACACGACGUCAACGCCCUGGAGAGAAUACCAGAAUAUGCUGAGGACAUAUACCCUUACGCAACUUUCCAAAUCCAGCGGCAGGAAGAGACACUAUCUACGCACUUCCAGACUUUCGUGUACCAAGACCCUCGGAGAGCUACUGUGGAGACACUUGCUUAUAGGAAGACCGGAAACGGUAAUGGUGGAGGGGACGGCAGAGACGGAAGGACUGGAAGAGGAGGAAGUGGAGGAGUAAGUGGAGGAGGAGGUGGAGGAGGAGGAGGAGUAACAGGAGGUACAACAGUAGUAGGAGGAGGAGGUGGAGGAGGUGUGGGGAGCGCGGUAGAGAGGGACAGUGAUGAUUACGCCAGGGUGAAGCGGUGUCGUGUCAAGUACGGAGGUGAGAGCGAGGACUACGACGACAGCCUCAACAGCGACACAGACACGGACCACGCCGCCUCCUCCCGCACCGAGAGCUCUUCCCACCUAGAUGACCCUCACCACACGCCCAUCUCCGCCCGCAACCACCACCACAACCUGUUGUAUGUGGCCUCGGACGCCAGCACGGUGGCCUCGCCACUACAGGAGAGGAAGAGCCUCCCGCGCCGCUCCCGGUCCAGGUCCAGCGGGAGUGGCAACUACACGGCGCUAGGCGCGGCCAACAAAGGAGUGAUCAGCUCCUCCAAGGGCGGCCUGGGCGGCGUGGGCAUGAUGACGACGGGCGGUAUGGGUCGCUCCCACGCCCACGGGCAGUCCACGCCCGCACAGAGUUGCGAUGCCCUGGAGAUGAGUGAGACGGAGGUGGACCGGGACAACAGAAGGCGAGGUAACAACGGCAGGCGUAGGAAUACCAGUUUCUCUAUCGCAGUCUAGCCACCUGAGGGGAGCACCACCUGGCUCACUACCACCCGGGUCAUCAUCACCUCCACCUUUGCCAACGUUAUCUCUGAUGUCACCCGGACACAUUGUCGCCUGAGCUGGAGUUUAUCUUCGCCAGCGUCACCAAAGUCCAGGAUCAUCAGGGCAGGUGCUACUUGGUUCAUUUAUCACCUGAGAUAGUGUCACCUGGCUCAACGCCACCUAAACCCGUUCCCACCUCCUACUCAAGUAAUCACCAGAGUCACGACUACCUGGGUCAGCACCACCUGGGUUAGCACCACCAGGGUCAGCACCAUCUGGACCAGCACCAUCUGGGUCAGCACCAUCUAGGUCAGCACCAUCUGGGUCA